GCCCCCCUGGCCUAGUGUGCCUCAACCCCCAUCGUGACGCGGCCCGGAGACAAAGGAAGCCCUAGGGAGCGAGAGAGGUGCGAGUUUUGUUUAACCCCCAGAUACACGGAAGGGACUCGGGAGAUAGGGAGCAAUAAGUGGCACUCGGCUGAGGGAUCUUCUCAUUAACCGAGAGGAUUAGUAUCGGCUGGGACACCUCUCAUCCAUUCCUGUUGCCUGCAUGUAUUUACUGUUAGCCCCUGCAACUAGCGAGCACCCAGGCCCACACGGAGAGCAGCACAAGGCAAGAAGGCUACGGACACAGGAUAACACGGCGCUGAAUGCAGACUAACAGGGAUGCCAAAAGAAAAAUAUGACCCUCCUGAUCCUCGCAGAAUUUAUACCAUCAUGUCGGCAGAGGAGGUGGCAAAUGGAAAAAAGUCACACUGGGAUGAAUUGGAGAUUUCUGGUAGGGUGCGGAGCUUGAGUACGUCGCUCUGGACCUUGACACACUUGACAGUGUUGCACCUCAGUGAUAACAACCUCUCUCGUAUUCCACCUGAUAUUGCCAAGCUCCAUAAUCUGGUUUAUCUGGACCUUUCAUCCAAUAAACUCAGAAGUUUACCAGCAGAGCUAGGGAACGUAGUGACUCUCAGGGAAUUGCUUUUAAAUAACAAUCUGUUACGGGUUUUACCUUUUGAACUGGGGCGACUGUUCAGGCUUCAGACCUUGGGGUUGAAAGGCAAUCCUUUAUCACAGGACAUUCUUAGCCUCUACCAGGAACCAGACGGGAUGCGAAAGCUACUGAAUUACAUGCUUGACAAUCUAUCCGUUCAUCCAGAACAGCUUCCUCAGAGGCCGUGGAUUACAUUAAAAGAACGAGACCAAAUUCUUCCCUCAGUUUCCUUCACAGUAAUGUGCUUCAAUGUGCUGUGUGAUAAAUAUGCUACCCGGCAGCUGUAUGGCUAUUGCCCAUCCUGGGCUUUAAAUUGGGAGUACAGAAAGAAAGGCAUCAUGGAAGAGAUUGUUAGUUGCGAUGCAGACAUCAUCAGUCUUCAGGAAGUUGAAACCGAGCAAUACUAUACCCUUUUUAUGCCAGCAUUAAAGGAACGUGGAUAUGAUGGGUUUUUCUCUCCAAAGUCACGUGCCAAAAUCAUGUCCGAUCAAGAGAAAAAGCACGUGGAUGGUUGUGCAAUAUUCUUCAGAACAGAAAAAUUCAGCCUAGUGCAAAAGCACACAGUCGAAUUUAAUCAGAUCGCAAUGGCAAACUCUGAGGGUUCAGAAGCCAUGCUGAACAGAGUGAUGACAAAGGACAACAUUGGUGUCACUGUCUUGUUGGAGCUUCACAAAGAUCUUUCUGGUGCUGGCAUGAAACCCCAUCACUCUUCAGAAAAGCAGCUGCUUAUGGUGGCUAACGCUCACAUGCAUUGGGACCCUGAGUAUUCAGAUGUGAAGCUCAUUCAGACAAUGAUGUUUGUCUCUGAACUUAAAAGCAUUAUUGAGAAGGCAGCAAGUAGGCCAGGAAGUCCCACUCCAGAUCCCAAUUCCAUCCCCUUUGUGUUGUGUGCUGAUCUCAACUCUUUGCCAGAUUCAGGUGUGGUGGAGUAUCUGACAAAUGGAGGGGUAGCUGACAAUCACAAGGAUUUUAAAGAGCUCCGAUACAACGAGUGUCUCACUAACUUCAGCUGCAAUGGGAAGAAUGGGACCCCAGAUGGAAGAAUCACACAUGGCUUCCAGCUGAGGAGUGCCUACGAAAACAACUUGAUGCCUUACACAAAUUACACCUUUGAUUUCAAAGGUGUUAUUGACUACAUCUUCUAUUCCAAGACACACAUGGACGUUCUUGGCGUCCUGGGGCCUUUAGAUCCUCAAUGGAUGGUGGAAAACAACAUCACUGGCUGCCCGCACCCCCAUAUCCCCUGACCACUUCUCACUGUU